GAUAUUUUCAAGCUUGCGGUGACAGGACAUGCACAGCAGCGUCGCUAGACCAUCACCUUUGACAACUGGUCGAGCGGUUAGACUAGCUAGCGGUCUGCCAAAGAAUCGAAGAGUCGUGGUUUCAUGCCGUCCAUCAAGAUAUCGCCGCAAACACGGCAGACGUCUCUUCUUUGAUGUCAUGGCAUUUACAAAUACAUAUGAUAUGUUGAUCUAGGAGCAAGAGGGAGUAAGUACACGUCCAACGGCAUGAUACAGUAUUAGUUGCAGUCUAGGCAUUGGCGUUUAUUUGCUGGCUUGGCUAGGAAACAAGAAACAGGGACAAAGGAGACCAUUGAACUGUCAACAACAGAGAAGGGCUUUGGUUUUAAUAUAAUUGGUGGGAAAAGUGCUUCGGGCAUGAACUUUGGCAUUUUUGUAUCAAAAAUUACAGAGAACAGCGCUGCUGCCAAAGAUGGUCGUUUAAAGUGUGGAGAUCAGCUGCUGAAAGCAAACAAACAGACACUUUAUGAUGUCACACGUCAACAAGCAAUUGACAUAGUGAAGGGUUGCGCACGACAAAAAGUUGUCUCUUUAGUAGUGUUGAGAGAUCAGCAAGCUCAAGACGAUUAUAGAAAGCUGACAGCUGCCCUUGAAUCUUCAACACGAGUGUCUGUGCAUGCAGUACGACUGCCUGAUCGUAUUCCCACGGAGAUACCAUCUGGACCAUUGGGUGAGUACAAGGGUAAACCAGAGUCUCUCAAUGUCGACGAUAUUCAUGUCAGAGAUGGUCGAUACGUGCAAACAUGGAGUGUCCCUCAGACAUCUAAACGAACGAUAGGAGCAGCAGAAUUCGCUGAACGAAGUCUAGUGGCUCAUUCGUCAGGGAUCGAAACGCCAACUGGAAUACCGACGUCCAUGCUUGACUACAGACUGUCUGACACACAAACAGAUGUUACGUCUCUGGAGCGAUACACUGAAGACCCUGUGAGUUUGAAUUCACAGCCGGUGAGCCACACAUUAUGGGAGCCUGUGGACACGUCAGCAGUCGAUGUACAAAACUCAACGAGUGAUUAUGUACCUCCCGAAGUUGUGCCUCGAUAUGUACUUAUGUCUUCCAGCUCUGCAAGUAGUUCUUCAACAAAGCAGAGUUCAGACCUUAGAGACACCUAUUUGGAGAGACAUACUCACACAUGGCAAGGAAAUCAGUCAGAUAAAAAGAAAUCAAUGAGUGAUUAUGUACCUCCCGAAGUUGUGCCUCAGUAUGUACCCAUGUCUCCCAGCUCUGAAAGUAGUUCUUCAACAAAACAGAGUUCAGACCUUAGAGACGCCAAUUUACAGAGCCAUACUCACACAUGGCAAGGAAAUCAGUCGGAUAAAAAGAAAUCAAUGAGUGAUUAUGUACCUCCCGAAGUUGUGCCUCAAUAUGUACCCAUGUCUCCCAGCUCUGAAAGUAGUUCUUCAACAAAGCAGAGUUCAGACCUUAGAGACGCCAAUUUACAGAGCCAUACUCACACAUGGCAAGGAAAUCAGUCGGAUAAAAAGAAAUUUGUUGCUCGGACUGCGAGUAAGGAAUCGACAGUUGGCCAUGUCGUCGAUGUGGGUGACGUACAUGUACAGGAGCAUCGACAAAGUUUAGGGACACCUACAAACAGCUAUGUUGAUAUGGAGGCUCAGAGGCAGGAUGGAUUAGCACCGUAUUCGAAUCUGGGUAACUAUUAUGUGCCAAUGGAAUCGGCAGAUUUGCAACAAGAUUGUCAGACUUCACGUGAAUAUGUGACAAUGUUGCCUGUGACGCAGCGUGUAUUGCAGCCACGUAGUACAGAGAAUGAAUAUGUUCCAAUGUCACCUGCCAUACAGGAUGGUCUGGUUAUUGAUAUUGAUAAUCAACAGUAAACAUUGCCUUUCUGUCAUGUCAGUCUCGAUGGCAAUUCAAUAUCUUAGCUUUGCGUUGUAAAAUGCUUUGCUGCUUGCGUACUGUUGUUGUCAUGUGCCGUAGUACAUAGUUGUAAUGUAUUGUAAUGUGCGCAUGCGUAUCUGA